CGGAAGCGGCCUCAACAAGAGAAACUUUAUUGUUCCCGUUGGGGCGGCGAGGAUGUCGGUGAAUUACGCAGCGGGGCUGUCGCCUUACGCGGAUAAGGGCAAGUGCGGGCUUCCAGAGAUCUUCGACACCCCAGAGGAGUUGGAGCGGAAAGUGUGGGACCUGGCACAGAUGGUCUGGCAGUCCUCUAACGUGGUGUUCCACACGGGUGCUGGCAUCAGUACUGCCUCGGGCAUUCCGGACUUCAGGGGCCCCCAUGGCGUCUGGACAAUGGAGGAGCGGGGCCUGGCCCCCAAGUUCGACACCACUUUUGAGAGCGCCCAGCCCACGAAGACCCACAUGGCUCUGGUGCAGCUGGAGCGCGUGGGCCUCCUUCGCUUCCUGGUCAGCCAGAACGUGGAUGGGCUGCACGUGCGCUCCGGCUUCCCCAGGGACAAGCUGGCAGAGCUUCAUGGAAACAUGUUUGUAGAAGAAUGUGUCAAGUGUAAGAUGCAGUAUGUCCGGGACACCGUCGUGGGCAGCAUGGGCCUCAAAGCUACUGGCCGGCUCUGCACAGUGGCCAAAGCAAGGGGACUGCGGGCCUGCAGGGGGGAGCUGAGAGACACCAUCCUGGACUGGGAGGAUGCUCUGCCUGACCGGGACCUUACUCUUGCAGAUGAGGCCAGCAGGAAUGCAGACCUGUCAAUCACUUUGGGCACCUCCCUGCAAAUCCGGCCCAGCGGGAACCUGCCAUUGGCCACCAAGCGCAGAGGAGGCCGGCUGGUCAUCGUCAACCUUCAGCCCACCAAACACACCUGCUCUCAGGGCCAUCCGCCGCUCUCCGAGGUGCUGAAGGAGCUCAUGGCUCCAGAAGCAGCUGAAAGAGUGCGUCCUGGGGUUCCCUCGCCUCACCCCGCAUCCCAGACUGGCCUAGCAGCUGUCGAGAUCAGGAACCCCUAG